GAACAAGGAAGAUUGUUACAAGUCUCAACAGGAGAGGGAAAGAGAGAGCGUAGAUAUAAUUACAAGUUCCCCUAUUUUAGCGACAAGAGAGCUGAAGAGAGAAAAAGUUUCUAUGAAAUAUUAGGGAUCAGUUGUGGGUCUAAUGAAGGUGAUGGGGAGGAUUGCUAUUCGCUAAACAUAGACUUCGAUGGUGAAAAUAUAAUCGAAUUUAACAAAAUAUGUUAUUCAAACAAUAUGGUUUAUGAAGAUGUAAGAUUUGGAGUAGAAAUUGUAGAUGAAUUAUAUAAUAUGAUAAUUGAUGACAGUGAAAAAACUGCAAGGCUAACGGGUAGACUGGCAGUGUUUGAACAUUUACAUCCAAUAUUUUGUGGAGUAGCAAAUGAGUUAAAUAGAAUAAGCAAACAGAUAGUAAAGAAAGAAGAGCCUAAAAUUUAUGGUAUGACCGGAACAAUUGGAUCUAAAGCAGAACAAGAACUGCUAUCCUCAAUUUAUGAAAUAGAUUUUGGAUUUAUACCAACUUAUAAAGUUAACCAAUUUAAAGAAAUAGAAGGGAUA